AUGCGUAAGUCCGCCCCCAAUGCACCCAUGUGCGCCAAGAGGCCUUCGACAUCGCAACUAACCCCAAACCACCCAGACAUCUACCGGCACAAAGCCAGGAGUCUCGCCUGGUAUGGCGACGACGACGAGCCCUCCAACUACAACCCCUUCCGGAAAUACCGGCCGCGUCCUCGGCGCUCCAGCUCCGUGCAGCUCGAGAGUCGACUGACGCCCGUGCGCACCGCGGGCGACGUGCGCCUGGCCGAGGAGACACGCCGCCACAGGGAUAUGCGCGAGGGGCUGGCCGGGCCUGAGCACGCGGACACCUUCCCGACGGAGCCGUCGGGGACGGACCAGCUGCGGUGGACGGGGAGCGAGGACAAGCUGCAGCUGCACCAGGGGCCGUCGGCGCGCAGCCACGAGCCGAUCAAUGUUUCGAACGCGGAGCAGGACGGUGAGGUCGAGGGGAAGCCGCGGCACAGGCAUAGGAAGACUGGUCUGAGUGCCGAUGGGAGUCAGUAUGCGCAUGGCGACGGCGAUUCAUCGGCGGCGGAUGAUGAGCACAAGGAUCUGCCGGAUAAGCAGAAGUUUACGGCGGUGGGACAGCUGAAGGCGACGCUGCUGAACUCGUGGAUCAAUGUACUUCUGCUCGCUGUGCCGGCUGGGAUUGCGCUGAACUAUGUGCACGUGGACCCGGUGGCUGUCUUCGUGGUGAAUUUCAUCGCCAUCAUUCCUCUUGCGGCCAUGUUGAGUUACGCGACUGAAGAGAUCGCCAUGCGGACCGGCGAAACCAUUGGCGGUUUGCUCAAUGCCACCUUCGGGAAUGCCGUUGAACUGAUUGUCGCCAUCAUUGCGCUGGUCGACAAGCAGGUCGUCAUUGUGCAGACGUCGUUGAUUGGCAGUAUGCUGUCGAAUCUGCUGCUGGUGAUGGGCAUGUGUUUCUUCUUCGGCGGUGUCAACCGUCUGGAGCAACACUUCAACCCGGUGGUUGCACAGACGGCCGCGAGUCUCCUCGCGCUGGCAGUGGCCAGUUUGAUCAUUCCUACAGCGUUCCACGUUUGGUCCGAUGCGGGCGAAGCGGGCAUUGCCCCAUUAUCACGAGGCACCAGUAUCAUCCUCCUCUUCGUCUACGGAUGCUACCUCUUCUUCCAACUGAAGUCGCACACGGAGCUCUACAACAGCCCUAGCCCGAAGGUCGAGAAGCGCCGCAAGGAGGUCGCCGAGGGGGACGCCAGCCGCGGGAUCGCGCAGAUCGGCAAGAUGACGGCGACGCUAGGCGGGCAGAAGGCGCAGCAGAUGCAGCUGCACGAGGAGGAUGAGGAGGAGGAGCAGCCGCAGCUCAGCAUCUGGGUUGCGGUGCUGACGCUGACCAUCUCGACGGUGUUUGUGGCCUUGUGUGCGGAGUUCAUGGUAAAUUCAAUCGACGCGCUCACGAAGCGCGGCCAUAUCUCGGAGACGUUUGUUGGGUUGAUUCUGCUGCCGAUUGUCGGGAAUGCGGCGGAGCAUGCGACGGCCGUGACGGUGGCGUGCAAGGACAAGAUGGAUCUUGCGAUCGGGGUGGCUGUGGGCUCGAGCAUGCAGAUUGCGUUGCUGGUGCUUCCGCUCGUGAUUGUCAUUGGAUGGAUCAUGGGACUUGAGAAUAUGACCCUGUACUUUGAUGCCUUCCAGGUGAUCCUGCUGUUUGUGUCGGUGCUGCUGGUGAACUACCUGAUCGCGGACGGCAAGUCGCACUGGCUGGAGGGUGUUUUGCUGAUGAUGAUGUACCUGAUCAUCGCGGUAGCUGCUUGGUUCUAUCCGACCAAGAGCGAGCCGACUGCUUGA